UCCCGGCUGCAGCGCGGUUCCAGCCACUGGUGCCACGUGGUUUGUGCUCUUGUGGGCACACUGGCCUCCACCCAUCUCUCUCACGUCUCCCCAUCCGCAGCAAAGGCACACAGUACAGAUUCGGCCCAUCGUUUUAUAGCCACACCAUGGCUAGGAAGUGCUCACACUGUGGCAACUGCGGCCACAACUCCAGGACCUGCGGGAGAGAAACCAUGCUCUGCGAAGCUGGCGACAACGGCGGCCAUGGCGGCCUAAGGCUCUUCGGAGUGCAGGUCCGUAUCGGCGGCGGCGGCGCAGGCUCGGCGUCCAUGAAGAAGAGCUACAGCAUGGACUGCCUGCAGCUCGCGGCUCCUGGUUGUUCCCUCGUCUCGCCGUCGACGUCCUCCUCGUCGUCGUCGCUGCUGCUGAUGUCGAUUGAGGAGGGAUCGGAGAGGGGGGCGCCAAAUGGGUACCUUUCUGACGGACCUCAUGGCAGAGCUGUGCAGGAGAGGAAAAAAGGAGUUCCAUGGAGCGAGGAGGAGCACAGGCAGUUCCUUUCCGGCCUGGAGAAGCUGGGCAAGGGCGACUGGCGAGGCAUCUCCAGGAGCUACGUGCCGACGAGGACCCCGACGCAGGUCGCCAGCCAUGCACAGAAGUUCUUCCUCAGGCAGAGCAGCUUGGGGAAGAAGAAGCGCCGCUCCAGCCUCUUUGACAUGGUGCCGAUUUGCGAGAACAGUGCGAGCAUCUCCGAUCCGCUGAGCAGCGAAGGGGCCUCAACCUCUCUGUCGCUGAACGUGCCACGCCACGGCGUCACCUCCGUCUCCGAGAGGGCGGCCUUGGACCUGAAUUCGACGGAGGAAGACGACAGCAGGGCGGACGCGUCGUCGGCAUCGGCAUCAGGUGCAGGGACCAGACCACCGUUCCCGGCAGCGCAGACGGAGCCGCUGCAGCCUUCGUCGCUUGGCCGUGGGCGCGGUCACCACUGCUCUCCGUUGGACCUGGAGCUGGCCAUGUCGCUGCCUGCCCCAUCCAUCGGAACAUGACGCGCCGCCGCCGCCGCCGUACUUAUCGCCAUGGAAUCCCACGCAGGUCGCGCCAGAAUUCUUCAGCGCAGGUUGCCAAGGCCGAGGCCGUGCGUGCCUGCUGUCUCGCACAAACGUCCCACGUGUAAUCAGAACCGGGUCUGCUCCUGUAUGAGUAUGACAUGACUAUGCCAUGUUCCCCGCGCAGGAUUGAAACCGUAAGGUUACGCUAGUUGCUAGCUUUUUAUUUUGAACCCUUGUGAAUGAUAUUGUUACGAAAAAUAGCUCCUAACAUAGGUUCACUGUGAUAUAUGUUAUAUACACUGUGAUAUAUGUUAUGUAGACCAUAUGUUCGCUU